UCAACCCGUGUUUCUUCUAUUCUGCUUUACAGUUUGGAGCUCCAAACGAGUAAGGACUCAGAAUGACGUAGGACGGGCAAUAUAUCGAGUUUUCGCUCUUUUCCCUUAAGUUUGGGUUUUCCGCAAUACUUCUAGUGAACUUUACUGGGAAGCAGGGCUCACAGUGAUUGUGGUGUUUCGCAAGUUCGUGCACUUUGUAUAUCCCGACUAGGUUGUGGGACGCUUAUUUUGCGCUCUUCUCUGCACCUCUGGAUAAAAGUUAUUCUUGCGCCUUUUCUUUUUUUUUUCUCGGAUAGGUCGGAAACUGAAAAGCAAUAGAACUUUAUGAAUAUUUAAAAAAACGUUUUUGAUUCCUAUUGUUGUGAAUAGAGUGGACAUUUUUCAAAAACUCUUGCUUGUGAAUGGUGAUCAAAAGUAUCUUGUAUAAGAUUGAAAACGUAGAUACUGUUACUAACGUUCAAGUAUAUUCUGCUAACUCUGUAUAUGAGUAAGAGUACUUUUUGAGACUUAAAUCCAUUAACGUCUCUUUUGACUAUUUCGCUGAUUUGAAAAAGGAAUACAUUGACUUAAUAAUCUUGGAUGUUUGUUAUAUGUGUAUUUAUAUCUAUUCAUCAUUGCUGUAAUAUUUGGUAUCUUUUAGGAAGCUCCUGCCGUAUCCAGUGAAUCCUAAUUAUAUAUAUCCGGUAAACAAAUAUAAGAAGCUCUGAAUAUUUGAAAAGAGGAUUAAAAUGCACAAUGGAGGAAAUCAAACAAGAUUCAGAUGAAGACAACAUCCUCAUUAGUUCUGAUUUGAUUCUUACAAAGAAGCGUGUUUUACUUCCAAAGAACUUCAGAAGAGACUUAAAGAGUUUUAAGGACCUCAUAGAAACGGAACGCAAAUGGAAAUAUCGUAAAAAGACUUCCAAGUUUCAGUAAUGUCAUCAAAGUCAAUCGAUCUAUAAAAUGAAUCAUCUGAUUGAAGCUUUCCGCUAAUCUGCUUGGCUUGCAGAGCGAAUCUAAGAAACAGUAUCGAUUUGACUUUAUGUACCUUAUCGUAUUUCACUUGACUGUAUGAAAAAGGCGAGUUAAGAGAUUUAAUAAAUAUGCAACAGGAUCGAAACUGAUACCAACAGAUUUGAGGGAAAACUACACAUAAACGGAAGGAUAACUUUCACCGUAUGUUUGAAUAAUCGAUGCAACUGCAACCAUUUACAGCAAAGACUGUUUCCCACCUGACUGGAAACCAUUUAUUUCGCUGUGCCUUAUUACCAUUUUUCUCCAAAAAGAGAACUAAAAAUUGACUUUAUUUAGUUCGAUUUUUCACUUUCGACAAACGAUUUGGACAUUUCAUUUUGAAAUUGUAGUGAUUGGGAAUUCACUACUUAUUGGAUACAGGUGAAAUUUUUCAAGAAACUACGUUCUUGAGUAUUUUAUCCUGAUUCUCGUUAAAGAAAGUGACCAUCCACAGGAUCUAAAAGAAUAUCCUUGAAUUUGAAGCCUCGUCUUCUAUUCAGCAUUGUUUCGAAAAUUGACGGAAGAAAUAGACUUUAUUGUCAAAACAAUCUAUUCAAGCUUUUUAUUGCAGAAUGAAUUUUCGUUGAUUCCCAUGAAUUUUCUGAGAAUCAAGAUUGGUGAGAGCAAAAGAGAAUCAAAGUUUCUGAUUCCUUCAAAUGAAUACAUUUGGUUUAUAAUGGGAAGAAUUUUAUUUCUAGUGAUUCUCUUGAGUGUACUUACUCAACUCAGCUUUUGCAUGUCCUGUCAUCCUAAAUGCCAGUGCAUCUGGCGGAAAGGCAAACAGACAGCGGAAUGUUCUUCCGCAGGAUUUGAGAAGAUUCCACUUGGUCUGGAAACUACAAUUCAAGUAUUGGAUCUGACUCGGAAUAAUUUCACACUGUUACCUCCCAAUUCUUUUCUCAAUGUUGGCUUAGUCAACUUGCAGAAAUUAUAUCUGUCUCGUUGUGGAAUCGAGCACGUUGAUGAUUUCGCUUUGAAUCGGAUUUCUAAUUUAGUGGAACUCGAUCUCAGCGAUAACCUCAUCUCUUACAUCCCCACUGCAGCUUUCCGGCAUCUGCCCCUCUUACGGCAUUUGAUUUUGAAUGGAAAUCCUUUGGUCAUCGUCCCAACUCAAGCGUUUGUGGAGCUAAAGACGCUUAUCAUUUUAGAAAUUUCCAACUGCAAAAUAGAUACGAUUGCCACCAGAGCUUUUGAAGGAUUGGAGAAAUUGGAGGUGUUAAAGCUUGAUAGUAAUGAGCUCCAAACCUUGCACGCUAAGACCAUGACGCCCUUUAAAUUUCUUCAUGGAAUAACUCUUGAUGGAAACCCUUGGACAUGUGACUGCGAGCUUCGGGGUCUUCGCGAAUGGUUAAACAAUAAUAAUGUUCCUUACAUACCGCCAAAUUGCUAUCGUCCUGCCCGACUGCGUGAUAAAAUUUGGACCGAAGUAGGUAUCGAUGAUUAUGCCUGUGCUCCAAUUUUUCUGAAUACUUCCAGCGCCAUGAAUGUUUUUGAAGGUUCUAACGUAACUUUGGAAUGUAAAGUCUCUGGAGAUCCUAUUCCGUCUAUUCAAUGGCUAUGGAGAGAAAGAGUAAUUGCCAAUUUAUCAGAAGGAAUAUCAUCCAUGCAAACAUUCAUCAUGUCGGAAUAUGCUGAGAAGGAAAAAAUUUCUAGAUUGAAAAUAUCGUCCGUUCAAGAACCUAAUGCUGGAGUUUAUACAUGCGUUGCAUCCAAUACUGCUGGUAAAGUGGCGAAGAAUUUUACAUUGAUGGUAUCUAGAAUCCCAGUUACAGGACCUAAGAUCAUUGAAGAGGAGAAAACUCAGGAAGUGAAGGAGGAAGAAGAAGAGAAAGGUAACUCAAUUGCAGGCAUGGCUAUUGGAAUGGUUGGAGGUAUAGUUAUUGUUGUAGUGAUCCUUUCUGCUGUACUCUGGAUUUGCCGCAGGAAAAGAAAGCGGAACAAUCAACGAAAACGCAUAGAAGCGAAUCAUAAAAUGUGUAACUCUGUGAAUCCAACUGCACCGAAAGUCCCCCAAGAAGAUUCUGAUCUCAAAAUUCUUGGUGUAAAUCCCAUGGGUAAAACAUCCCGACUUGGCGGCUACGAAAACCUUCCGACAAAUGAGCUAGAUCACUACGAAAACGUUAUGUUAGAUUCCUCGAUGGCCCCUCCAGUAUGGAUGGUACAAGAUCAUCUCCCUCCUUCGGAUAUGGAAUGGGAUGGCCACAACCCACCACAGGCUAUGAUGAUUCCCCAACAAGUACUUGUUGAAAAAAGAACCCCUGCUUCUGUUACAAUGGCUGGACCUCCGGAAGAUAUCCAUGUACGUUUCCAGCACGAGCUUUCAGACACCCUAAGAAGAAAAACUGGAGACAGGAAAAUGGUAUCGGAUCGGGAACGCGGAGAUGGCAGCUCUGAAUUGGAAACUAUUGACCCAGAUAGCAUCAAAAUACACUUUGAAUCACCAGCUAUUCGUGAGGAGGAAAAAAAUUCCCGAGUUUCGUCCUUCCUUCCUGAUAAAUGUUCGGAUGAAAAAGGCCCGGAUUUAAUAGAUCAUGCUCGUGCAGUAGCCGGUGAAAUUGAUGAAUGGAAAAAUGCUUCAGCCCAACCAUGGAUGUAUGAUCAAGGAGCAACUUAUUACAGACCUGCUGUCGCCCAAGCAAAAAAUAUCACUGCAGCUUCUCGGAUGAGCAGCGAUGGGGAAUCCACUGCAACGGAAGUGUAACAAUGUUACUCUACCUCACGUCUCGUAAAUAUGCGUCACUAGAAUACAGAUGGAAAUAUACUGACUUGGUGAAAAACUUUUGCAGUGAAUAUGAUGCUUGUGACUGUAAAAAGCAGCCCAAAUGGAAAAAAAAAACUAAUCUUUGUGCGGGAUUUAUGUGAAUCCGUACAGUACUUUUACUGAUGUGGUGCUUCUGAAAUUCAUAUUCAUAGCCCGCUCAGAAAUGUUGGAUACGUUGUUUGUUUUUUUCUUUUCGUAUUACGUUGCAUCAUGCUUCUUGAUUUGUACACUAAAAGUAUGAACUAAAGAAAUUGUUGCAUAUGCAUGUAAACGUUAUAUAUUAUACAUAUACAUACACAUAUAUAAAUAUAUAUACAAGCAUACACAGAAGUGUACCGUCUAUACGACCUAGUGGUGUUGCUCAAAUGCAAAGCGGACAUUCUCUAAUGUGAUAAAUGAAGAUUCACGUCGUACAAAAAUUUUAUCAAGUAUUAUAAAAGUUGUCGAAGUUUGUUUAACCAGGCACACGAAGAUUGUAUCCGAACGUGUGUAUGUUUUUAAUGCCGCGUUCCCUUCCUAUAGUAUGUGUGCAACGGUGAAAAACGAACUUUAAAAACUCAAACUUGUAAUGAAAGCCAUUAUUUGGUGCUACGUUUGACGCACCUGGGAUAUAUCAAGCGGGUAUAGGAAGGGAUUCUUUUACACCAGCUGUGGUCCACGUGUGAAGAAGGAGGAAAAUUUGAUUCAGGUAUCAAUUUAUUUUUGUGAAUAAGGUAGCUAUUUAUGAGCAAUUCCUUGAAAACGUUUUUUGUUUUACGAAUGAAAUCUUUUAAUAAUAACUGAUCAACAAAAAGAACGCACAGUGAAAACAAUGGGUAAUUUAAAAUAUUGAAACAAUUUGCUAUGAGAAGCGGCAAAGAAUAUUACCCAUUCAAAGUAUCAUAGACGUGCAUUUAGAAUGCAGAAAAUAAAAAAAAAAUAUUUUCAUAAAUAAAAAGAGUCCUUAGGAUAUUCAGAUUAAAAUUGUAAAAAAGAGACAUCUGUUGUAAACUCUUUCAAAGCACGUGCACUACAGCUGAAUAAAAAUAAUUUUGUAUUGAUGUCCUUCGACGACUGAAAACAACAGUUUACACUAUUAUAACAUUAACACCAGAUGAAAAAGUCUUGAUAUUUAAUUAUCUACCGUCUGUGUCUGGUCCUAAGCAUGUGUUAAGAGGAUUAGGCUUUAGUCAAUGUUUUCCCCAUUAAUUGGAUCUUGUAAUAUUGUUUCCUCUGUGCCUUAGUGCCAGACGUCCUUAUGUAGUUGCAUUCUUCUUUACUCAAAGUUUAUACAAGAGCUCACAACCCCCCUCUGGAUAGAAACUCCUCUACUCUUCUGUGGUGACAUACCCACACGAUAGAGAUGAAAAGAGAAAAUAACUUUCGAACGUUUUACAGAAAUACGUAUAAAAGUCUUUCCAAUUUCCUUCUAAAUUGUGUACCUAAAUUUUCAACUAACUGCCAAUGCCGAAUUUUCCCGUCAUUCAUUCAGAUGUAAAUCAAUCAAAAGUAAUUUUUGAUAUAACCUUUUGGGACCAUCACUACAACUUUGAUUUAUAGAGAAACUAACUGUGUAAUAUACCUCAGGUUUAAUGGACAAAACACCCAAGUAAUCCUGAUAUGCAGAAAAAGCAUGAAUCGAAAAUAUUACUUGAAAAGAAUGAAUAUCGCUUUGCAUCUGUCUAGUGCAGUAACGUGGAAUUUUCAAACAGCGAGUAGGUUUUUUCUCGCAAUUAAAUCUGCAAAACAAGCUAUUUAAAAGGGACUAAAUUAGAGCUUCUUUUGUCGUUAACUAAACAAUGGAUCGGAAGAUAAUGAUAGAACUGAAAACACAAAAAAGUCAGCAAAUCGAAAAUUCGCAUUCUCUUCGGAAAGAAUUCGAUUCUUGCUGUUCUUACUGACUUUUUGGUCUGCUGUUCGCAGAGGUGGAAAAGAAAUCUAGCAAGUCUAAAAUCGGAUCAGUUGUUUUCUUGCUUCAGCUAAGCUUCAUUUCACACAAAAGCGAGGUACUUCGAGCUGAAAUGCAUCGAAGCUGACAUUAAGGUAUAUUUCAGAUUUAAAAAAAAUCAAUGAAAUUAGCCGUGGUUUGUCGGCACAGAAUCAGUCGUGCCUAAUGCACUGAAGCUCACUAUUGGAUGUUGUUGAGAAAAAAAGUAAGUCUAUAUAAUUUCAUAUAAGGAUUAAGUUCUAGAAUUAAAAAGUUUCUUACUUAAUGAAAAUAAAUACAUUUGAAUGGAUUUUAAACUGACAUUAAAAGUUUCCUUGAAUCGUCCUUGACUCAUUUCAUUCAAAUCAAAGUUUUAUUUUAUUGUUUUAUUAUAAAUAAUA